AUGACCUUAGAACCCCGAACCACCAAUGGUUCGAAUGCAGUGGAUUUAGAUGCGCUCGAGGCCGAGGCCGCUGAAAAUCCCAUUCAUCUGACUCAGUCCCGUAUGUUGGAUAUCUACGGAAAUCCUUUAAACCGUACUACCUCCCGUCAAUCCGAGACUCUUUUUCCCAACGGUGUCGAUCUUAACUACCCCUUCACCACCACCCGUGGUCUUCCUGAUGUCGCAGAGUACAACUUGGAAACCGAGGGCGGUCUCUAUCGCGAUCCCACCAUCAACAAGGAAGGCGAAGAACUCGUCACUUGGGAAAUGAAUGACCCUGGUAACCCUCACAAUUGGUCCCGGUCCUGGAGAUGGUAUAUCACUGCUAUUAAUUCCUUGCUUGUCAUUUGCAGUGCUUUUGGUUCUUCCGUCAUUGCCGGUGAUUUGGAACACGUUAGUCGUGAUCUAAAUGUCGGUCCUGAAGUCGCUGCCCUUUCUUGUUCUCUCAUGGUCGCCGGUUUCGGUAUCGGUCCUUUAAUCAUCAGUCCUCUCAGUGAAAUGUAUGGUCGCCGUAUCGUUUACCUCAUCACUUUAGCCAUUUACAUCGUCCUUCAAAUUCCUUGCGCUUUGGCUAAUAAUAUCGCUUGCCUUCUAAUCUGCCGUUUCUUUGCCGGUUGCUUUGGUUGCUCGCCUCUUACUCUUGCCGGUGGUGUUUUGUCCGAUGUUUGGGAAAAUCGUGAACGUGGUCUUGCCAUUGCCUUCUUUGCCGCCGGUCCUUACGCCGGUCCCACCCUUGGUCCUUUGGUCGGUGGUUGGAUUGGUGUCGGUACCGAUGACUUCCGUUGGAUCUUUUGGGUCAAUAUGAUUUACAUGUUUGUCAUGUAUAUCACUAUGCUUCCCAUUCCCGAAACCUACGCUCCUGUCCUUUUACGUUGGCGCGCCCAAAAAAUUCGAAAGGAGACUGGUCGACAGGUUUACACUGCCCAAGAAAAGCAAAUGUUGUCUUUUAGGGAAAUUGCUCAAGUCAAUUUACUCCGUCCUAUCACUUUGUUGAUGACAGAACCCAUUUUGUUGAGUAUUUCCUGUUACAUCGCCCUUAUUUAUGCUUUGCUUUAUGGUUAUUUCUUUGCCUAUCCCAACGUGUUUGUGAAAGGAAAAGGUUACAACGAAGGUAUUACUGGUCUCAUGUUUAUUCCCGUCUUGGUUGGUGUCUUCUUCGCUUUAGCUACUACUCCCUUUUUGGAAAGACAAUACAUGAACCGCUUAGAUGCAAACGGUGGUAAGUCAGUUCCUGAAUGGCGUUUAAUUGGUAUGAUGAUUGCUGCUCCUUUCAUUCCUACUGGUUUAUUGAUUUUUGGAUGGACAAGCUUCCCCAGAUUAAUUUGGAUCGGUCCUGCCUUCAGUGGUGUUCCAUUCGGUUACGGUAUGGUGCUGUUUUAUUUCAGUGCCAAUAAUUAUCUGAUCGAUGUUUAUCAAAAUUAUUGCGCAUCUGCUCUAGCUGCCAAGACAAUGGUACGUUCGGGAGGCGGUGCUGCCUUCCCUCUAUUUAUCGACUUUAUGAUGGACGGUAUGACUCGGCAAUGGGCUUUCUUUCUCCUAGGUAUGGUUGCCGUUGCUGCAAUUCCUAUACCCUUUAUUUUUUACUUUUACGGUGCCCAAAUUCGUGCAAAAUCAAAAGCUGCCAUUGCAUAG